AUGCUACUCCAACAUCUCAACGCCCGCCGCCUCUCCCUUCGGCGCCUCACCCAUCUCAGCAACACCCGCAACAUCAACAACACCACACCGUCCCAGGACAGUACGGCCAGCCAUAUCCUCCUCGACCUGCUGAACAUUCCUCUGCGCCGCCACCGCCUCCUCCUCCGGCGGGUGUACACGGUCAUGUCCAGCACCCGCAACACCAGCAAUACCAACAGCAUCCCGACAUUGAACGCCGCACUCACGAGCCGGAUACCCUUCCACCCAUGCACGACCACUACCGACCUCACCAACCGCAACCGCAACCGCAACCGCCAUCCCCUGCGCAUGCUGCAGUUCAGUACCGACAAGGCUCAGGCUGACAUUCUCGAGGCCCUCGCGAUGAUGCAAAGCGGCAUGCAGAACAGCCUGCAGAUGUUAAAUGACCGAAUGGCGAUGCUCGAGAACAAGUUUUCCAAAGGAUCCGAUGGGGGUAACAUGAAACAGGAUCCGGCGUCCGAAGAAGACCUCAAAGCAAUCAAUCACAGGUCAUCACUGUUGGAAGAAAGGCGCGACAGCCACUACUCAGAAAUCGACAUAGCGCGCGACCAGAUCGUCACCCCCACAGAUCGCAAUGCCAUCCUCAUGGCGGCGGAGGAGGACGCGCUCGAACAGAACCCUGGCCCCCUCGUUACGCCAAAAGAACCAGCCAUUCCAAUUCAUCAUACGACGCUUGCUGGGCUCCUCUUGAACUGGGCCCCCAUCAAACAACUCACGAGACAUCAUGUCGAACGAGUGGGCAUCCGUCACGUCAACGAGUUCCCAAUUAGCCAAGAGCAAAACCGAGGCCAGCUAAUUGUCUACGGUCGCGGUGAGGCGUCUCAUCCGUCACGCCAGCCAAAGGAGGCCCCGGAUCAUGGCCAGCUAGACAUAGCUGACGACUCAUCCGACAUGGCAUCGCCGUCACCAGCCGCCGACUGGGGACACGUGGGCGGUCUCAGCCCAGCCGAGCAGGUGGAAUACCGAGGCGGAGUUCUGGCAUUCGACGGCAAUCCAGACUAUACGGAGUCCAAGGUCUGGAUGUACGUGGAGAGCUUCAAGGAAAAUAUCCUGAACAUGCACCCCAUCAUUCAGCCCAAGGUGCUGCAGGAUUGGGUCAGGCAUUUCCUGGACAGCUUACCGAGAGUGCAGCCCAAAACGUCGAAACCCCAGGCGUCGAAGACGGCGUUCGCCGUUCGAGCUCCUGUGGAGACCACAGGGUCGAAGCGCAAGCGUUCUCCGGGGCCAGAACAUGAUGGGUCUACGACGACGGGCCCGGUGAGGGCCGGAAAGCCGGACAGGUCGAUCCACAGCGCGUUGGUCCUCACGAUCCUGGCGCUGGGGAAGAUUUGUCUUUACCGUGACAACGUUCCAGAUGCCCUUCAUCACUCCGAGCAGGUCCUGCACGGUAGUCCAUUCAGCCGCAAUGGAGUGCCGCCGUCACCGAUGCAAGGCUCCCCUCCCAGCCAUUCGACACACUCGCAGUCGUCAGGCCUAGCCUCACCGAAGGAGCCGGAACGCUUGCCUCCGAGCAGGCGGUCGUCAAUCCACGGACAAGGCGGUGUUCGCUAUGGUUACGAUCUGAAGAAAAACUAUGAAGUGGUCCCAGGCUUGGAGUACUUUGCAGUCGCCACCGACAUCCUGGGGAACCACAUAGGGUCCUAUAACAACAUGAAAAAUGUGUAUGCCAACAUAUUCGCGGGCCUGUACCAUGGCCAGCUCGCGCGACCCCUUGAGAGUUUCGCCUUCAUCCACGCAGCCGGCCACAAGCUCCAGGUCCUGAUGCGACCGAGCAUGAGCAAGCUAAAGGAGAUCAAAGACAAGCAGACGUUCAUCACGGACAUCAAGUACAAUCAGCUCGCCUUGGCAUUUUGGACAUGCCUGCAGCUCGAAAGCGACUUGAUUGCCGAGCUGACCCUGCCCCCCUCCGGACUUCUCGGCUACGAGGAGGCUAUGCCGCAUCCCAACCUAAGCCUCAUUGACGGUUUUGACCAGCGGGUGCUUGACAGCUACCCGGGCCAGCUCUAUCUGAGAACUCACCUCAAUAGCAUCCACCGAAUGUUCUACGCUCCCGACGACGAUCCCGCCUCGGCAAGGCUUCAGACGGAGACCAAGUUUAUGAACGUCUCUGUGGUCGCCGACUCGGUUUCGGGUAUGAACUGGAUUGCCCCUCGCUUCGCAUUUCAGGAGACCGAUCCCCCCGCCGACGACAUACUCGGCGCCCGGCUGCGGGGCAAGUACUGGGGCGCCCAGGUCAUCACAUAUCGACCGUUCAUCAGGAUGAUUCUGGAAUUCAACUAUUGGAGGGCACACCAAAGUGGCCCAAACGUGCUUCCCGUGCCAGAGUUUCGGAAAGGCAUUGUCUACCCAACGAUCGCUCCAGAUGCCAAAUCGUCCAAGGACCUCGACGCGGAGCUGGUUAGCUUGGCGAUCAAGGGUAUCAAAGCCCUUGUUGAAAGCACAAGAGCAUUCCACGGGCUAGGGGAACAGCGCCCCAUCAUUACCAACGUGUUUGGUACCGCACAUGCCCAAUGGGGUAACCUCCUCGUCCUUGCGGCAGCAUACGUCGAUCCGACACUACACGACAGCGUGGACGGGCAGCUGCUAAAAACAUUGUUCGAGAAAACGAUACACUUUCUUCGGCAGUCCGCAACCACGACGAGUGCGCUUCGACUCGACAUGCACAUACUUGAAGGCCUGUACCAGGACCUCUUCGUUCACUCCAUGAAUGAGCCCAAGCCAAACUCGAGCUUCUCGAGCAGUGUCAGCUUGCAGACACCCAAAAUGUCGGCGACAGCAGCGCAUUCUUUGCAUCCGCCGGAUCAUGCCGCAUACCCACCAGCCAUGUCUCCCCAAAGCCACGUGGGCGUCUCCCAUAUGGGUUGA